AGGGUGCUUGCCAACUGCAAUUUAACAAACGAAGAAGAAGUAGUUUCAAGUCCAGGAAAUGGAGGCAUUUUGAAAUAUGAUUGGACUAUUGGCACGUGUUUGUUGUUUUGAAUUCAAUUUCAAUUUGAAGUCGGUUCAUUUUCAAUAUUCCUUCACGCAAUGUCGAAACCGGCACUUUUAAGCCUCCAUCAAGUACUGAGGAGGAGCUUCCGCAGCGUGGCAAGCAGCCAAGAAGUAUGGAGGAGCGUGCUGGCCGAGUGCGGCCCUCUGCUGUCUUCCCUGGACAACCUGGCCGAGCAGACCCGCGCACUGUGCGGCCUCCACGUCUCCCACACGCCGCUAGCAGACAUCCCGGACCUGGAGGAGCUGCUGCGUUUCAAGCUGCUGCAAGCCAUGGACACUGUGCUGUGUCAACUCUACGAGAAGUUGGCUUCGCUCCAGUCGGUGAGAGACACCAUCAGCAACCAGGUUACGACGGCGGUCCAAGUGUACGAGCAGAACGCCGACAGUCUCGAUCUGGUCACCGUGACCCAGCGCUCGGCGGUCAUCCCGUCAGUGGCCGACAUGCUGGAGUGGCUGCAGGAUGCUGGACGUCACUAUCAACAGCAGUUCUUGAGAAGGAAGACUCUCCUGCACACGCUCAGUACAGACGACCUCUCCCUGCUGGAAUCUUCUACCAAAAGAUGGAAAGAGAUGGACGCUCCCAAUCAAGAGGAUCACAUCCAAGAUAUACUCUGCAAAGUGUCCUUCUUCAUGGAGUCUGGCUAGGUGGGAGGACAGGGAACAUGCUCGCUGGGACUGGACUGUGAUGACGAAAAGGACGGAACAUCAAGUAAACCUCACAUUUUUUUAACCCAUAAAAACUAAUUUAUAACGUUUUUUUUUUGAUGGACAAAAUGUCCCAACACGAUCAAUCAAUCAAUGUUUAUUUAUACAGCCCUAAAUCACAAGUGUCUCAAAGGGCUGCACAAGCCACAACGACAUCCACGGUACAGAGCACACAUAAUGGCAAGGAAAAACUCACCCCAGUGGGACGUUGGCGACAGUGACUAUGAGAAACCUUGGAGAGAACUGAAAGCAAUGGAUGUCGAGCAGGUCUAUUGGGAACUUUACACAAAAUAACAGUUUUAGUCGGUUCAUGCUUUAACAAACCCUAUUUAUUUCAAAGUUUAAGACAGGAAGUAGUCCUUGAGGAGUCAUUCAAGCCAAAAUAUGUAUGGAUGGAAAUAUUGGUGGAUUGUGCUCUCCUCUUAGACCAGGGGUGUCCAAAGUGCGGCCCGCAGCUAAUUGUUGACUGGCCCGACACACAUUCUGGAAAUGCUACUGCAAAAAUAAAUUAAAAAACACCAAAAAAGUAGAGUGAGGUGAAAUCUAUUGAGGGAAAAGUUGCAAUGUUGACACAAAGCUGCCAUGCAGGCUGUUUGUUUCUUUUGUUUUUCUUUAUUUUUCUCCUAUUGCAAUGCUAAAAAAAAAUUUUUUUUAUAAUUAUCGACCUAUUUAAAGCUCCUAUUACUUCAAAUAUUUCCCUUUAUAAUGUUUUAUGUGGACAAUAUUAUGUACAUAUACCGUGUGGUUGCCAUGUAAAAACUGUUUUCUUUGACAAAAGAGCUUAAAACCAACAAAAUAAUAGUUCAAACGUAAAAUCGACAAAUAUAGUUGAAGUUGAUCUGGUAACUUAAGUGUGGAAAGUAAAACAAAUAAUAAUAAAAAUGUAUCACUUUAUAAAUGGUGGACCUUUUGGAUCCCAAAGAUAUUUAUUGGGAUUUUAUUUAUCUUUUCACUGUGAUUACUCAGAAAUAAUAAUACAUUAAAAUCAAUGGUGUCCUGGAUUAUUGAUCUUUUUAGGGCUCCAAUUACUUCAGAUCAAACAUUGCUUUCUCAAUGUUUUGGGCGAUGGGGGAAAUACUGCAUACCGUAUUUCCUUGAAUUGUCGCCAGGUUGUAUAGUAUGUACCUGCCUUGAAUUACUCGCUUUGCAAAAUAAUUAGUGCAUGCUUAGUAUUACCGCCGGGUCAAACUUGUGAUGUCACGAGUGACACUUCACCCGUCAUCAUUUUCACAAUGGAGGAGGCUGAUUUCAAUACCAGUAAUUUGAAAUCGCAUAAAGGGAAGAAGAUUAAGAGCUAUUCAGUAGGAUUUAAGGUCCAAGCUUACAUCACACUCACAUUUUUACUGCUUGCCUUUGGUAAGUGCCGGAGUGAGAAGAGGUUUUUGAAUAAUUAGCGCAUGCUUACUUUUACCGCAUGCCUUGGUAAGCGCAGGAGUGAGAAGAGGUUUUAAAUUAAUUAGCGCCCCGGCGGCAAUUCAAGGAAAUACAGUACUCAGAAAUAAUAAUACAUUUAAAUCAAUGGUGUCUUGUAUUAUUGAUCUUUUUAGGGCUCCAAUUACUUCAGAUCAAACAUUUGAAUGUUUUGGGCAAUGGGAGAAAUACUGCAUACUUCAGAUUUACUGUAAAAACAAACUUGUCUUUGACUGAAAAGGCAUAAAACCUUUUUUUUUGUACUUUAUAUCAACCUGAAGUUGAUAUAAAGUACUGUAAGCCUUACAUAAAAAAUGAAAAUAAUGACUUAUUUUUAACAUGUUAAUGACAGAGACCCUCUAUGGUCCCUGGGAGCCCUAAAAGUAAAAAAAAAAAAAAAUCCAUAUGUUUUAUUAUGGUUUGAAAAUGAAAAAUAUCCAAACGAUGCCCGCAUGGUUUAAUUGGUUGGUAUAAAGUUUGGACACCCCUGCCCUAGACGUACUCUUUAAGCGGCAGGCUGCUGGGCGUGAUGGUUUUGGGUAAAUUGGGAGCAGAAGUGGGGGAAUUGGCAAAGCUGCGGCCCACGUAGCCCCGGCGGUACCCGCCCCGCCUCUCGGCGAGGGGACAGGUGCUGCUCAGCACCGCCCCGCCGAUCAUCAGAAUGACGGCGGCGGCCCAGCCCAGGAAAAUGGCCUGACCCAGCUCUCGCUUGUGCAUGGAAGGCACGUUGGGGUUGUAGAAAUCCUGCACCACGGUGUGCGCCGUCCAGGACACGGGCACCAGCACGCACAGCCCCGUCACCACGAAAAGGAUGCCGCCGGCCAGGGCGAUGCCCGCCUUGGCCUGGCGGUCGUCGCCGGCGCAGGUGGUGCACUUCAUGCCGCAGCAGGACACGGUGCAGGAGAGCCAGCCCAGGAAGAUGGCCACGCACAUGAGGGCGCGCGCCGCCUGGACGUCGGGGGGCAAGGCCAGCAUGGAGUCGUAGGUCUUGCACUGCAUGUGGCCUGUGGUCUGGUACACACAGCUCAUCCAGAUGCCCUCCCACUUCAUCUCCGACGUCAGGAUGUUGCCGCCGAUGAAGGCCGACACCUUCCACUGCGGCAGGGCGGUCGCCGCGAUGGCCAUGAUCCAGCCCGUCACGGCGCAGGUGAAGCUGAUCAGCUGCAGCCCCGUGUUCACCAUGGUUCCGGCCAGAGUCCACUUCACGGGUCCCACUUUCUCCCGCCGCCAGACAUCCGCCACACUUUCUCCCGGGCUUGACUCACUGCAUUAUUGAGGAGCCGCGCAGCCGCCUGGGACCGGCCAGCUCCGGUAACCUCCAGAAAAAACCAGUCCACCAAUCACUCAGGGAUCCCGGCCACUUCACCCUCCUUGCCUUCAAAUCAAGCGGCUCCUUUGCCGACGGGCCAAAACAUCACGCGGCAUGGCUUUAUUCCCCUCGGUUUUGGACGCUGAAAGAGCCCCAAACACACACAGAUGUCGGGGUGGGGAGGAGAGUGGAACAAAAGGGGAGGCCAGGAUGGAUGGAUGGUGGUAGAGUGGUUACCAUAGGUGGGUGGAUCACUUGACACAAAGACAACAUAAGGGGGGGCUCCACGAUGGGGAUUACACGGGUUUGUCCCCCCCCGCACAAAAAAGUUGCCCUUUUCUCGGACAAAGUCCCGCAAAAUGGUUUUGUUUUGAGGCAACAUAAUGUUUAGUAUGCAUUCUGCAUAAUGGAUACUAAACCUCAACGUGCUAAUGAAUUAAAUAUGGUGGAAUCAA